AUGUCGGCAACCGCCCGACUUCUCUUCACUCGAUCAUUCAUCAAACCCACAACAUCAGCAUUCAUCCGUAGCCAAUUGGCGCUGCCGAAUAACAAAUUCUCCUGGGCCAGGUCAGCGAGCCACUACACGGCAUCAACAUCCAAAGCAGAUUUCGACAACGAGUUCCAUAAAGACAACGGGUUCCAUAAGCACCAUCAGCAUAACAAGAUGGGCAAGAGACAGUUUAACGGCAAGCCUGGAAAGUUCAGGAAAAAGCAGAAGAAGGUUGUGGUUGCGUCCGAAGGAUCCCCGGAGGAAGUUCUGCUGCACGAUAUCAAUGCACUUCUUGAGACCUUGACUGUGGCCGAUGUGAUCGAUGAGGGAGCCACUGAGGCUCAGGCUGAGGCCAAGCCGGAGGUUGAGAAGGUAGAGGGUGAGGAGAAGACGGAGGAGAAGACGGAGGACAAGGAGGAGGCUGAGACCAAGCAGGAGCUUCUUGCGCAGGGCACCGAAAUCGAAGCCGAGGUGCUAUCACUGUCCUCCACCGGUGAUGGUCUUGCCAGGCAGAAGGGUUCGAACUCCAACCACAUCUAUGUCGUCCCCUUCACUGUCCCCGGCGACGUUGUCAAGGCCCGCGUCUACCGCCAUGUACCGCAGGACGGCUACUCGCAUGCCGAUUUCCUGGAGGUCCUCACCCCUUCGCCUCUCCGCGACGACAGCCGCAUCCAGUGCAAGUACUUCGCCAAGUGCUCCGGCUGCCAGUUCCAGAUGCUCGACUACUCGGAGCAGCUCAAGCACAAGCGCAGCAUCGUGGUCAAGGCCUACAAGAACUUCUCCAACCUCUCUCCCGAGCUCGUUCCCGAGAUUCUCGACACCAUCGGCUCCCCUCUUCAGUACGGCUACCGCACCAAGCUGACCCCCCACUUCGACGGCCCCCCUGGCGGCAACCGCCGCGGCUUCAAGAAGCCCAUGGAGGAGAUGCCCCCCAUCGGUUUCACCCCCAAGGGUCUGCGCAAGGUGAUGGACAUCGAGGACUGCCCAAUCGCCACGGACGCCGUCCGCGCCGGUCUCAAGGCCGAGCGCGAGCGCAUGUCCAAGGAAUUUGCCUCCUACACCCGCGGCGCCACCAUCCUGCUUCGCGAGAGCACCAAGCGUGUGCCCAAGCCCGCCGACGGCUCGGAAAUCGCCGUUCCCGAUCUCAAGCCCGGCGUGCUCUCCACGCCCAUCGCCACCCCCGCCUGCGACGGCAGCUACACCGACUUCAAGACCUGCAUCACCGACAACAACGCCACCUCGACCGAGUACAUUGACUCCUUCAUCUUCCAGAACCCGGCCGGCUCCUUCUUCCAAAACAACAACUCCAUCCUCUCCCCCUUUACCGACCACAUCCGCCAACACAUCCUCCCGCCCUCGCUGCCGGAAGGCGCCAAGCCCAUCAAGAACCUAAUAGACGCCUAUUCGGGCUCUGGCCUCUUCACCAUCACCCAAUCCUCCCUGUUCCCGGGUGGCUCCAUCGGCAUCGACAUCGCCGACAAGUCCAUUGACUUUGCGCGGCGCAACGCCCGCCUGAACGGGCUGGACGAAUCGCAGUGCAAGUUCAUCGCGGCCGACGCGCCCAAGCUGUUCGAGUCCGUUUCGCAACUCGACGCGGACGAGACCGUGGUGGUUCUGGAUCCGCCUCGCAAGGGGUGCGAUGCCAGCUUUUUGCGACAGCUGAUGCAGUUUGCGCCGAGGAGGGUGGUGUAUGUCAGUUGCAACGUGCACACGCAGGCGCGCGAUGUCGGCGUGUUGGUCAGGGGCCGCGUGGGGGAUACAUUUGGGGAAGCGUUUGUGGAUCCGACGGAGGGGGAGAAGAAGAUGAGUCGCUAUGUGAUUGAGAGCAUUCGCGGGUUUGAUUUCUUCCCGCAGACGGGGCAUGUCGAGGGCGUGGCGAUUUUGAAUCGGGUUGAUGAGUAGAGAGUAGUUGUGUGUGAUGAAUACAAGCAAAAGACG